AUGGCCACGAACGAAAACCCUCCUGUGCAUCCCCUGUCUAACGCAGCAGUGAACAAUAUGGCGCAGCCAUCCGUUACUCCAGACCACCCAAACCCCGUGCCUGGUCCUGCGGCAACUCUUCCGGAUCACUAUCUCAUCGGGAUCAGGGAAUUGCUCUUCAGGGUGGAACUGAAUCACGCAGACGAGGAGCUCGUUCCCCGACGUUUCCUCGGAGAAGCAGAGAAGUCUCAGGACGUCGUCAUUCCUCCGUGGAUCUUCCAUGCCUUCCGGACCGAGAAGGGGCUCAUCGAUCUCGGAAAAUGGAGUAAAUGGGAUCAGCGCUUCCGCGAGGUAUUCGAGAGACUGGCGCGAAUCCCUAUUUUCCGAUACGGACUGUUCCGCGAUGCCAAUCCUAAGUCCGAUGGGCCUAUGAAUGCGCAGAAACAUCGGCGAUUCGCACACAUCGUAAAGCUGCAGGAGCGGGCUGUCGUGUUUUUGCUGAAGGAGAUCUUGAAUGGUGCUUCGAUCGUGCAUAAAACCUCCGAUGACGGUUCGGAAACUAGCCUGGCCGCCAAGUACAUAAAAAAGCGAAACAAGUACUACGCCGGAAAAGCCAAUCGCUUCUUCAAGGGGCCUAAAAGUAACGCCUACCUGGCCGUGGACCAUCAUCCGGACGACAGCAUCUUUGGCCGAAGACUACUUCCUAUCUCGGUGACCACAAAACCCCACCCUACCUUGCCAGGCCACUUCACCAAGGCGGUCCAGUUCCUCCUGGGCCAACUGACCUACCAGCUCCGCGACGUGACCCACGACCCCCGUGCAGUCCCAGACCAAGAAGCGUUCCACCUGCACUUGCACGGCUCGCACCUUCACCUCCUGCGGCUGGUCGCCCCAGGGUUCAAGACCUCGCUACUCCAGGACGGCAAAACGCACAUCGUCUUCAUCGACGAGGACGACGAAUCAUACACCUCACUGUCCCCUCACAUCGCUGACCAAAUUGCUCAGCAUUACCUGGAGAAAUCCGACGGCGACCCCAACGCGCUCCGCGACUGCCUGAAGGAACGCCACAUCCGCAAGGUGCUGGAGCACGUGGCGUGGCACCGGCUGUACCGCGGCAUCGUCACGCAGGGCACCGUGGAGGAGCUGAUCAACAGUGAUAUUGGGGUUUUCCAGGUCCUGGUCAGUCGUGAGUAUAACCUGUGGUCGCCGAGGGGGUUUCGCGCGGCCGUCCGCAUGCUCUUGGGGCUUUGUCUGUAUCUGAUGAGCGGUGAGGCUAGAGUCGGGAGUGUGCAGAAGAUGUUCCAGAAGUGGCCGAAGGCUGCGAAGAAGGAUGACGAAGACGAUGACUAUGAUGAGGCUGACUUUGAUUGGUUCUGGAAUAUCCAUUGGGAUGAUGACAAUGAGGAUAGCUCUGGUUACUUUGACGAGUUUGACGGGUACGAGGACCUUGAGGAGUACGAGGCUGAGGUUGAAGAUGCGGAGCAAGUUCAAUCCACCGUGCAUGGAAACGCGGAUGAGGGUCUCGAGCAGUUGGAGGUUGGAAAUGAUGGUGCAGAGUCUUGA